AUGCCCUCCCAUCCCUUCUUCACCGCCGUCGACCAAGACACCCGCGCGCGCAGAGUCUACGAAUUCGGCGUCAACACGCGCGCCUGGCUCAUCGAGUACCGCGCGCGCCACCCGCACGCCCCCGUUGACGAGGCGCGCAUGCAAAAGCGGCACGACCGCGCCGCGCGGGAGGAGCUGGAGGAAAGGGCCAGGAUCCGCCCGGCGCCUGGGGGUGUCGAUCCGGUGGUGACGUUGACUUCCGUGGCCAACUCGGAGCACGAGCUUCAAUACCUCAUGCGAAGGUUCACGGAGUGGGUGGUCGCGGAGACUGCUAAGGACAAGCGCGGCGGUUACUACCAAAAGUAG